AUGCCUAUCGCUAGCAAAACGCAAGAAGCGUCGGUAAAAAAAAAAGAGAGAAUGUCCCCCAGGUACGCAGGAAAAAAGAGAGAAGAGAAGCAAAAAAUCGGGUUCUUUCGUGCUAAUGAACACAGGGCAAGACAGACUUGAUCACCUUCGGCUAGGGGCAAAAAGGUAUUUUACAGCGCCUAUUGGCACGUCGACGCCGCCUCCAAGGAGGCUUUCACCUAUAAAAGGGCCGCCGAGCGGAGGACAAGCCAGUGCCAGACAUGGACCUCGAACAUCGCAUCAAGGCCUACCGGUUCGUCGCCUACUCGGCGGUCACCUUCUCCGUCGUCGCCGUCCUUUCGGUGUGCGUCACCCUGCCGAUGGUGUACAACUACGUCCACCAUGUCAAGCGCACCAUGCACAACGAGAUCACCUUCUGCAAGGUUCGCCUUUUCUUUCAUUUUUAAGCUGAUAUUCAUUUAAUAUCGAGAAGUUGGUUAUAGUAAAGUUUUGGAGCUGUCAAGACUUUUUCUAAGCUCAAAAAUCUUUGCUGAACUGUUUGUAGAAACAAAUUUCUUGCUCGUAGGCCCGAAAUUUCACUGAAAAUUUUCCUCUUCCUCCAGUUUUUUAACAAUUGAAGCUUUCAGGGAUCCGCCAAGGACAUCUGGUCCGAGGUCAACCACCUGAAGAACAUCCCAUCCGCCAACAGAACUGCCCGUCAAGCCGGCUACGGUGAUGCCGGAGUCAGCGGUGGAUCCGCCUCUGCCGGAGGCUGCGACGCUUGCUGCCUUCCAGGACCAGCUGGACCAGCCGGUACCCCAGGAAAGGCUGGACGCCCAGGAAAGCCAGGAGCCCCCGGACUCCCCGGAAACCCAGGCCGCCCACCACAGCAGCCAUGCGAGCCAGUCACCCCACCACCAUGCAAGCCUUGCCCAGCUGGACCAGCCGGACCCCCAGGACCACCAGGACCAGCCGGAGACGCCGGAUCCAACGGAGCUCCAGGAGCGCCAGGAAACGACGGAGCUCCAGGAGCCCCAGGACCAAAGGGACCAUCUGGACCAAACGGACAGCCAGGAGCGCCAGGAGCUCCAGGAGCCCCAGGACAGGACGCUCCAUCCGAGCCAAUCACCCCAGGAGCACCAGGACCAGCUGGAGCCCCAGGACCACAAGGACCACCAGGAGCCCCAGGAGCUCCAGGAAACGACGGAGCCCCAGGACAAGCUGGACCAAAGGGACCCAACGGAAACCCUGGACAGCCAGGAGCCGACGGAAACCCAGGAGCCCCAGGACAAGCUGGACCACCAGGAGGAUCCGGCGAGAAGGGUAUCUGCCCCAAGUGCGUUGGUUUCUUUAGAACUCUCUCGAAAAACCUGAAAUACAUACCUAAAAUUGACUUUUUCCAGGUACUGCGCCAUCGACGGCGGAGUUUUCUUCGAGGACGGAACUCGGCGCUAA